AUGGCGUCCUCCUGCCUCCAAGAAUUUCCUCGCGCCUCAGGCUCAGGCGACGACGGCGGACCGGCGAGGAAGGAACCCGAAUCAUUCUGCUGCCAGCUCGCUACUUCCACUCCCAUCACUCACCCCGAAGAAUUCGCCAAACUCCUCGAUCUCAUCGUCAAUCAAUCCAAGGAGAAGAAUCCUGCCGCUGGCAUCGUCUUCGCGUUUCUCAACUUUCCGAAGAGCAACUGCCUGUUCCCCCUGGCCUGCCUCGUCCACUUCUUCGAGACAUUCGUUCCUCAACCCAUCAUCACUUAUCUUACGAGCGACUCUUGCCUCAGUGCCGCAAAGAGCAUUGAUACCAUCCUCAUGGAGGCCGAGAAGUCAGAGCAGGGACUUUACAAGGACACGAAGCGCAGCUGCUUCCCAUCGACCGGCCGAAACCAUUUCCUCCGCCUGAUGAACGCAUCUGGUCCCAUACCCAAGGGUGAAAGAAGUGCAGCUGGUGCCACUCGCAGAGGCCUUCCCGAGCUCGACUAUAUCCUCUUCCAGGAAGAUCUUCCUUCUUAUUUCGAUCGUUCCGAGCGGUAUGAUAGCUUGCCCGGCGACCCAGUGAACUACCUCUUCUCGGCUCUGCCGCAAAUCCAGGAAGAUGACGCAGGCUUCAAGGGAAGCAACAAGUCUGCAGAUUAUAACCGCCGGUUCGCCCUGGCCCUCUGGCCUUAUGCCAACUCCAGCAUCGAGGAUAUCAUCGCCAAAUCCGACGACAAGGCUGCCUCUGACUUGUGGUGGGCCGCGCGCUUCGCUUUCUCUCUCUGGGAUAAAUCCGACUUGUCUAUUCGAUGCUCCUUCGCCCAGCUUCUUGGCGAGAUUGCCUUGUACCACAACUCUGAGAUUGUCGAUAAUCCUGCCCCUGUCAAGCCAAACCACCUUUGCGAAGCUGUUGAUGGUGGCCCCUGUCCCGGAGAGGCAUACGUUCAGAAGCAUAAGUGGUUGAAGUAUGCCCGCUGGAUUCAUCGUGGAAGAAAAGACGAGGAUGCCGACAUCAAGGUCCGUCUGGGCAGCAAGUGUGACCUGAACGAGCUAUUGAGCAUCGAGAAGUGUGUUACCUGCGGUCACGAGCGCAAGAUCUCUCGCUGUGGAUCGAAGAAGCCCAUGCACCACUGCAGCGGCUGCUACGUCGAGUGGUUUCCGCACCUUCGUCGAACUUACUGCGGCCCGAAGUGCCAGAAGAAGGAUUGGAAGACGCACUUUGAGGAAUGUCAGCGUCACAAGCACUUCAUCCGAGCCGUCUGGAUUCUGAAGGGCAUCGCGGACAAGUUCAUGGCCGCGACUUUUUCUGGCCAGGCCGUUGAUAUCUCCCCGAUCGAGGUCCGUGAUAACAAGACCAAGGCGCUCGACCUCAACAGCGUCCCCCGCUUCGCCGUCACCCCGGCUGCGUGUGCUGUUGGACCCUGGGUGGGGGAGCAGGUGUUCCCUCUCGGCAAGUCGUACUUGGCGGACAAGAGGAAUGAGGACCGCGCGAGAGCAUUGGCUUGGGAUGCUGGUGACAACCUCUACUACCACCUUCAGACUAUCAUUCGUCAAAUCGUCAGCCCGCUCUGUGACGAUGUGGUCGAGAUGCAGAUGUUCCUGCGCAAUGCCAACAGUAUUACCUCUCUUGCCGCUGAUCGGUGCCGCGAAGGCCCCGCCAUCCACACGGCCAAGGGCAAGGAUCCGAUGUUCUGGCCUCAUCCCGUUCUCAAUUGUCGGCUGAAGGGAAGCGACGACUUGUUCAUCAUCGACCUUCUUGGAGCCAAGUUCGGCUUUAACGAGAUCCUCCUCCCGGGCGAGGUAUGGGUCAAGUCUAGACUUGCGUACUGCGUUGGCUCAACGGUUGUCACGGACAUGACGCCUCACUGGUUUCCCCGCGAGCAGCAGGGUCUCGUCUCUUGCCGUGAUGAGGUCGCCUACACUUGGAGAUCGUGCAUCAAGACGUACAUCGCCGCCAAGUGGCCCAACGUCCCCGGACCCUUUGCCUUGUCGCAUCUGAAGGAGCAAUUGUUCAGGGAGAGGACUUACAUGUUCAUGGUCCACUCGGACGACAUCUUCAGGGAGGCCACCAAUCGUCUGCGCGAGGAGAGACUCUUCCGGCAGUACCUUGUCCACGACCCAAACCCGUACUCUCACGAGUUUGUCAUUGGCGUCACCAACUGUCAGAAGGAGUGCGAUGUCUACGAGAAGAUCUGGAUGGAUCGGCGUGUGUUCGAUGUCAUCGUCAAGGGUGAGCUCAGCGAGCAAAACCAGCUGCUGCCCACGGGGUCCGAGACCAUCCGCCUCGUCGCACUCUGGGUUGACCGGUUGAUCAAACACGGUCAGAAGGUCAAGUUUGACUCGGUCGGGCUCCUUGGUUCUCGCAUGGCCAAGCACUACAACAUCUGCACCACGCACUCGUUGGACGAGCUUCGCGAGAUUUCCACGCCCUGGCUCCUGUGGCAUGGCAUCUCCAAGGAUUCAUCCCAAAAGUUCUUCGAGCAGUGCAAGGGCAUCGUCACCGACUACAUUAGUUCGAAUGCGGCGACGCCUGAUCAGCUGCUUAGUAAAAUGGCGUCGUCCGACGGCCUCGCCAAGUACCUGCAGACCUUGUCGAUGGAGGAUGCGCAAGAGUUCUUGGAGAUUGGAUCAAUCAUCGAGUCUCCCCAUAACGCUGCAUCGAUUAAACAACUGCGAAAGGAGCUUGAGAAGCAAGCCGGGGACAAGAAGUGA